AUGAUAAUCGACAACUCUGUUGAACAAAAGACAACAAAUGAGAGCAUUGAGCAUCAUCCCUCUAAUGAAGAAGCAAGCGAAGAAGCCUCCACAUACACUUCCAGUUCCUCUCCCAGCUCUUCGACAAGUAUCAAACAACAGCCAUUGACAACAGCGGAUUACGAGAAAAUUGAGUCCAUGUAUAACAAUCUUCAAGACGAGAAGAAAUGGGUGUUAUCAUCUGGCAUUAUAGUGGAGGACGAAAUGAAGCAGUUUGCUAUCAGUUGUUCUGUGGAGCAACUCGACUCUUUGCCAUCACUGCCCACUGAUAUCGAAAACUUCAUGAACACAAUCAAGGAUAUUGAUGAUUUAAACGCUCUCAAGGAUACUAUCUUAAAUCAUCCACAGACAAACCCUGCCUUGGAAUGGAGGCGAAAAGAGCAGCUUGUCUUCGUCUGCUGGAAGGAAUAUUGGUCGUACCAUAGGCUCAAGACAGCCCAUCUCAAAAAAAGCUUUGUGGACGGAAGUCGCUACCACUCUUUGAAUGACACAAAACAGCUGAUGGAUGGCGGAUUCAAGAUGCCAAAGAUCAUGAAGGAGAUGAUAUACCAGCUGGUAAAACGUUCUCCACAAUCAUUCAGAGAUGUCUCGGUCAUUGGGUUUCUUCUCUCGGAACUGAAUUUGUCCCUGCUCCUACUGGAUAUCCCUGAUGGCUAUGUAUGCCGCAUUAGUCAUCGACACCCUUUGAAGUAUCCUGACGAUGAAGAUUCCAUUGCUAAAGAAUUUCCCAAGAUCCUCAAAGUUGUAUAUCAGUCUCGUCUACUCAUGGAGAACGCCAGAUUGAUGUCUCGAAACCAGAUUGAAGGGUUUGAUGUUGGAGAACGAGCCCCCAUCCCUCCAUGCGUUUACAUGUCAGUACCAGAAAGCUCAUCACCAUCCAGACGAAAGAAGAGAAAAACUUCCCCAUUAAUAUCACUGUUGUAUGCCGCUAUAUCCUUAAAUAUCAUGAUCCCACUUCCCUGUAUAAUUUGUGAAUAA